GUGGCGCGAGCGAUGCUGGUGCGCGGCGCUGCGCGGGAAGGGCCGCGCGGGCCGUGGCCCGCUCUUGGGGGCGCUGGCCGAGACCUGUGUGUUUCGCGCGAACCGGAGCCGUCAGGGCCUGUCCCCUCAGCGGCAGCGGGACCUCGGCUGCCGCGGGAAGGUGACUUGGCCUCGCCGCACGAUCCUGGGGCCUGCCCUCCCAUGCCCGCCUGGCCGUCUGCAGAGCGCGAGCAUUGCCGCUCUGGCAGGAGGAUCGAUAAUCUUUCUGUAACUCUGGCAACGGAUGUCAUAGGACCACUAGUGAUGGCUGAGUACUUUUGCUCCUUUAUUGCUGAAAGAGACUGAAGCAUUUGAUGUGAGUCAGCUGACCAGUCCAAACAAUACAGUAUCAUGUAGAUAGAUGAUAUGUCAAUAUAACAGCAAAAAUGCCUCUAUUGGAGAACAUGAGUAUGGGAUCUGACUGAGUUCCAGUCAAGUGCUUUGUAUAGUGUUGCCAAGAACUGUCCUACUGCCACGCUUCAUCAUUUUUAGGUGGAUGAGUGUGUAAAGCAGCCUUGGCCACUGAGAAUCUCAGCAGUGAACUUGGACAACGAAAAUCUACUGUGCGUUUCCAUGGUUUGGAAUGGAUAUCGGUGGGACGUUGGUUAAACUGGUCUACUUUGAACCAAAGGACAUUACUGCAGAAGAGGAACAGGAGGAGGUGGAAAACCUGAAAAGCAUUCGGAAAUACUUGACUUCCAACACAGCUUAUGGUAAAACUGGCAUUCGCGAUGUCCAUCUGGAACUGAAAAAUUUGACUAUGUGUGGACGGAAAGGAAACCUGCACUUCAUCCGCUUUCCCAGCUGUGCCAUGCACAGGUUCAUACAGAUGGGCAGCGAAAAGAAUUUCUCCAGUUUGCACACUACGCUCUGUGCCACAGGAGGUGGAGCGUACAAGUUUGAGGAGGACUUUAGAAUGAUUGCUGAUCUACAACUCCAUAAACUGGAUGAAUUGGACUGUUUGAUCCAGGGUCUCCUUUAUGUUGAUUCUGUUGGUUUCAAUGGCCAACCAGAGUGCUAUUAUUUUGAAAAUCCUACAGAUCCUGAACAGUGCCAGAAAAAGCCCUACUGCCUUGAUAAUCCAUAUCCUAUGCUGCUGGUUAACAUAGGCUCUGGGGUCAGCAUCCUAGCUGUGUAUUCCAAGGACAACUAUAAGAGGGUCACAGGAUCCAGUCUUGGAGGAGGAACGUUCCUGGGUCUUUGCUGCCUGCUGACUGGCUGUGAGACAUUUGAAGAAGCACUAGAAAUGGCUGCGAAAGGAGACAGCACCAAUGUGGAUAAGCUGGUGAAAGAUAUUUAUGGAGGAGACUAUGAGAGAUUUGGCCUUCAGGGGUCUGCUGUAGCCUCAAGCUUUGGUCAUAUGAUGAGUAAAGAAAAGAGAGAUUCCAUCAGUAAAGAGGACUUGGCCAGAGCUACUUUGGUCACCAUCACCAACAACAUAGGUUCUAUUGCUCGCAUGUGUGCACUGAACGAGAACAUCGACAAGGUGGUAUUUGUUGGCAACUUUCUCAGAAUUAAUAUGAUUUCUAUGAAGGUGCUAGCAUAUGCUAUGGAUUAUUGGUCCAAGGGACAACUGAAAGCUCUGUUUUUGGAACAUGAGGGUUAUUUUGGAGCUGUUGGGGCUCUUCUAGAGUUGCUUAAAAUGACAGAUGAUCAGUGAUGAAGCUGUCUGAAGAGAUUCAUACUGCAGAUGCUGCUGGAUAAAAGUGAAAGCCACUACAAGGAUGGAAAUGAAGCCAUUAUGGUAGUUCUACCUGAUGCAUUUGUAAAUAAUUUAAAAUUGUUUAGUUGAUCUUUAACUCCUGGGUUUUGAGCUUAUACUUCAGAAUUCAUACUGGGAAUAAUGAGGGAUUUUUUUCUGUACACUGUAUUUUUUAGGGGAAAAAUGUGCAAAGUGGCCAAACACAGAUUUUAUGGAUUUAUUUUAAGAAGUGGAUACUGUUUAAUAUAGGACCUGUGAUAUGAGGCAUCUGCUUUUCUUCUGGGGUUUACUGAUUAGUGUGGUAAUUUUAACUUCAUUUAGUAAUCACUCUAGGAGAUUUUUUUAUCUUAUUUUCAUGACAUUUCAUGAUUUGUUCUUGGUUUCAAAUGAAACUACAAAGCUGAUGCAUUUUACUGUGAAAACUAGUAAUUUUUUUUUGCCUUUCCUCAUUAGAUGAGACACUUUUUAUUUAACAUCCCUCUGCUCCCUUUAAAAAAAUAAUUUACAAGCUUUCUGUGACUCCCUAGGUUUCUUGGCAAGACUGCAAGAAAACAUGGCAGGGGAUUUAAGACUAAUUUUUCACUAGACAUGACUUGCAACAGGAACUGACUGCAUAAUAGUUUUGCAGAACUAAUUUGCCUCUGUAUUAAAAACUUUAAGCAAGAUGUGAGCUAAAAUUUUAAUUAUUGUUUUGACACUAAAAUCCUGUUUCUGUUGAAAAUCUACUGAUCUUUAUGAAAGAGUUCUGUAGUACAGAUGUUAUUUAUAUGGUACAUACUUGGCAUUAGAUGACAGAGGGAGAUUUGUUUUCAGUUGUUUGCAGACUUUUCUGUAGUCUACAGUCUUUAAGUUGAUCUUAAUCAAAACCAACCGAUAACUACAUUGUUUCAAAGCCCAGUUUCUAAAAUUAGAAAAAUACAAGGAUAAUGUAUUUUCUGUAUUUAGGCAAAUGUUAACUCUUCCUCCAGAACACUAAGAUUUGAGUAUCUGUUCAAGUACAAAUUUUUUACUUUUUUUUUAAACUUUUGAUUUGUGGACCUCUCUAGAUUUGGAGGUUUUUUUGGCUGAAUUGAGUUGUACUUGGGUUGCUGUGUAGCACAUACAAACUUGCCUUUUCUUCAAUACCCUGAGGGCUCAGAAAUCAGAGGCUGAAAACCAGUCUAUAAGUUGUCUUGCAAAACUGUAUGUGAUGUCACGUAAUGUAAAGGGCUCAUCAGAGGAACAGUGUAAAAUUCAGACACAUGUAUCAUCCAAUAUCUUUUUGGAAGGAGGCUUAUUUUGGUUUUUUAAUAGUCAUUGAUUUCCAUAUCUCCCAAAUAUUGAAAUAAAUUCAUGUUAACUGAAGUGUUAACUUGUCUGAUGGAAAUAAAGACCACUACUGUUUUGGCAGUUUUACUGUAUCUGUGGAAUUCAUUCUUAAAAUCAAUUGUAA